AGCUUAGCUAGGCCCAACGGAGACAGCUUUAACAAAACAAAUACUCUUAAAAGUCCAUACCUUGAUCUAAACUAUUAUUUUUUUUGGUCUAGCGAAGGGUGAUUUCAGAUACCAAGUACCGGAUAUUAGAGCACAUAACACCCCCCACUCUUUCUAUAAAUACCCGUCUUUACACGAUGUCAUCAGACGACGACCCGUUUGAUGAUGUCCUCAACCUCGAGGAAAAGUACUAUAAAGAAGGUUAUGACGAAGGCCACAAGGACGGAGCCGAAGCCGGCCGGACCGAAGGCCGCUCCGUCGGUAUGAAGAAAGGAUUCGAGAAGUUUGUAGAGGCAGGUCGUCUACAAGGCAAAGCUAUAGUGUGGGCCAACCGAAUACCAAACUUGCGGAAACAGUCCGUACCUACCAGUAACUUGCAAAAAGAGUCAGAACGACAAACGUCGUCUCAAGACCCUUCGUCGAGCUCUCAAGGAGAGAAGAAACCGGAGCCUGAAUCUGAACCUGGAUCUGAGCCAAAGAAUGAGCCAAAGAAUGAGCCAAAGAAUGAGCCAGAGACACUACCUCCUCUUAGCAGCAACGCGCGACUAGAGAAAAACGUCACAAUGCUCUACGGUCUGGUAGAGCCCGGGACGCUUUCAACUAAGAACGACGAUGAAUCCGUCAACGAUUUUGAUAGUCGAAUGAAGGGUGCUCAAGGCAGGCUUAAGAUGAUCGAGCGUGCCGUUGGCGAGGGAACCAGUAAAGGAUCAGCGGGUAGAUUUCGACCAAGUCAGCCAGCUCAGAAAAAUGAGAACAUCGAGGAUAUUGGUGCGGUACCUCGGCGGAAAGGAACAGAGGAACAAAACUAAUUGUCAUGUAUCCCUACUUCAGAGGCAGGAAUUAGCAAGCGAUGUCCCCAUGUAGAUUACUUGUAACAUAUAUCGGUCUCCUCAGCACGUCACUAAAAACUAGGGAUAUGCUCUACUAAAAGCACUCGGUCAAAUUUGACAGUCGAGUUGACCAACGAGUUCAAGCGCCUCAUGUCAAUCCCGUGAAUGGUUUAAAUGAUUCAACCGCAAUGGAAUCUAGGAUUAGGGCUGUUCCGAUUUUGGCUCUAAUAAUAUGUAUGUAUGUACACUCGCCCCUUCGCACGCGUCUCCGUCUAUUUGAAAGUCCGGCAAGGGUAUCUGUAGUC